AUGGCCGUCGCCACAAACUUGCGUGCCCGCGAGCACGGCAAGGCAUCCGCGGAUCAUGCAGUCACCCCGACCUCGGCCCCGGCCAGCAAGAAGGCUGCCCCUGAAGCCAUGGAAAUUGAGUUUGGUGGUCCCGUGGGUGCCGCCUUUCUCAUCAUCUGGUCACACUACAUCCUCUUUUACUUUUGGUAUUGCCUCGAGGCCAACAAGGGUCACUUGGUUCUUCCCACCUCCAUGAGCGAGCUCCAGUUUCAUCUCUCCAACUUUGCAUCCCUCUUCUGGACGCAAGCCCUGCCAACCCAGCACACCCUCAUCGUCUAUGGUAUCUUUGUCUUUAGCCAGCUCUUCUUGGCCAUGCUCCUUCCGGGCAUGCGCAUCAAGGGCCGCCAAUUACCCACCGGCGAGCGCCUCGAUUAUCUCUGCAAUGGCUUUGCCACCCUCUAUGCCACCCUUGCCCUUGUCGCCACCCUCCACAUCCUCGACAUCUGGCGGCUAACCGAUAUCAUGGACAAUCUGGGCGCCUAUGUUUCCACCAGCAUCAUUGUGGGCAACUCUGUCGCUCUCUUCUGGUACUUGUAUGCUCGGCUGAUCGGCCCUGUGGGUCGCCUCUCCGGCAAUGCCCUCUAUGAUUUCUUCAUGGGUGCCAUCCUCAAUCCUCGGGUGGGCAUUGUUGAUAUCAAGAUGGUGGCCGAGUGCCGUUGGUCCUGGUUGACCCUCUUGCUGCUGACAAGCUCGGCCGCACUCAAGGAAUACGAGCUGUACGGUGCCAUCAGCCCCAACAUGGCCCUCAUGGUCUUGGCCCACUGGCUCUACUGUAAUGCAACCCACAAGGGUGAGCACUACAUUCCUGCCACCUGGGACAUUUACCAUGAACAAUUUGGAUGGAUGCUGGCCUUUUGGAACUGCACCGGUGUGCCGUUCAUGUACUGCUUCCAAUCCAUCUUCCUCCUCAAGAACCACGGCCACCCCGGUCUGGCUUUCAGUUGGCCCUACAUUACCUUCCUCUUUGCCCUCUUGCUGGCGGCGUACUUUGUGUUUGACACUGGAAACGGCCAAAAGAGCGCCUUCAAGCUUCCCAACCUUGAACGCCCCUACGUCUUCCCAAACCUUCCUUACACCAUCCUCAAGAACCCCAAGAUCUUGCACACCCCGCACGGCGACCUCUUGGUGGAUGGCUGGUACAAAUACGCCCGCAAAGCCCAAUACACGGCUGACAUUGUAAUGGCGCUCUGCUGGGGUCUGUCGUGCGGCUUUCUCAGCCUCACUCCUUACUUUUACGUGACCUUCUUCACGAUCAUGAUCAUUCAUCGCCAAACCCGCGACGAGGCCCGCUGCUCCAAGAAAUAUGGCCAGUAUUGGACUCAAUACAAAAAGAUGGUGCCCGCCGUCUUUAUUCCCGGUCUUUUUUAAACACUCGGCUUGGGAUUGAUGUCGUGUCGCAAGCGCGACCCACGUCAAGGGUGUGCAAGCAAGCACCACUUCGUUAGGAAUCAAGCACUCAAAAUUCAGAACAAAACGC